GUCAUAGUGGGAACAAAAAUAAAACCCAACAAUCUCAACCAAACAAUCUCAACAAUCUCACCCAAAACUUGAGAUUUAAAAUAUCUGUAAAGUUAUAUCCAUUAUGUUAUGUUUUGUCAAAUAUAAGACAUCAUACCAAGAUCAUAUAACUGUCAUACCAACAUCAUGAUAUGACAGUGAUAUGAUGUUUCAUCUUCAUUUCAACUCAAAAUUCGAAGAAAAAAACUGUAUAGAAAGAAUGCAUUCAUUAGAUCCACACAACAAUAUCCAUUUUGUUAUGUUUUGAUAAGCAUAAGACCUCAUACCAACAUAAUAUUAGUGUCAUAUCAAUCAUAUCAGUGUUAUAUCAUGAUAUCAUGAUUAUACCAUAGUGACAAUAUCAUUACAUGAUGUCAUCAAAUUAUUUUGUUGAACAUAAGAUCUUAUAUCAACAUGGUAUUAUUAUCAUAUCAACAUCAUACCACUAUGAUAACAUACCACCGUCAGUGAUAAUAUCGUGAUGUAAGUGGUUAUAGUGAUGGUAUGAUAACAAAGAUUGUCUCUUCGAUGUUCCAGAAGAAGCAUCCUCUGUAGCAUCUUCCACAUCAUCCACGAUGGGAGAGCAACAAAGAAUGGUGGUUCCACGUGAUCUAUAUGAGUAUUGAAGCACUAUUGCGAAUAUUCCUUCUAGCAUUGGUGUGCCACCAAUAACCAUGGAGAUUCACACAUCGUUGAUGCAGAUGGUGCAACAAGCUGGGAGAUCCGAUAAAGGAGUGAUGAUGAUCCGGUGUAGCAGCUAAAGACAUUACUGGAGAUCGCAUAUUCUGUUCCAGGAGAUGAAGCCACCAAAAGUGCCAUUAGGUUGAGAAUAAUCCCUUUUUCACUGCCAGGAAAGACGAAGAAGUGUGAUGACACUCAAAUUAUAGUGUUUAUCACUCUCAUAUUUGAUACAUUUACCCCUUCUAUCACAACAUCUUUAGUAUAUUUUGUGUAGAAAUCAUAAAUAUGAGAUCAAUGUGAUUAUAGUGGACUUAGGAUGUGUUUUAAUAUCAUUUUAUCCCUUUUUAUUAUUUUGUGCUUUUCAAGGUAAAAAACACUCUAGAAUGAUUUGGAUUAGCAAUUGGCUCAAGUGUGAGGAUCAAGAGGGACAAUUACUAAAAGAUCAAGGUGAUUUGUUCAUUAAACGAAGCCAAAUGGAGGGGAAGUCUUCACGAAGAUGUCAUAAAAGCGCAAGAGGAGUCCACUGGAGACAUUUCAGCCUGAGCCUGCACAGAAACCCAUAGAGGCCUUGUGAUAGUGCCAACCGUCGCUAUGCCAAACCCAUCAAGUCGUGUUGAAAUUUCAGGUAGGAAUUACUUGUGGGCAAAGCAAGUUGAAUCCGAUGGAAUAUGCUUUAUUUCAUCCUUGAGUUAAUUAGGAAUCCAAGUCUCAGUGAUACCGGGAAGCUUUUGGCAGAGGUUUAGGAGGAGAAUACUUAAAAAUCCCUCUUCCUUCCACUAUAAGUAGAGGGUUAGGUUAAGAGAAUUAUUAGGCUGCAAAUUUCACUAAAAUCACUUUGUAUAACUCAAGCAAGGAGCCAGUCGACUUGAGGGAGGCUGGAUUAUCAUUCAUAUGAGGUAGCGACUAAGGUGAUUUCUUCAUCAUUGAUGGUACCAUCCUUUUGUUCCAUGUAUUGUUAGUUCAAAUUUUGUUGUUAAGGAUGUGAAUUCUAUUGAUGCUUUAUGCAUCUUCUUUCUAUAAUAUAAUGAGAUGCUUUGGUCAUUUUUAUUUAUUUAUGGUAUUCGAUGCUUAUACAAUUAGAUGCCUCAGUCAUGUGAUGCUUUUGUUAUUUGAGUAUCUUAAUUUUAUGAUACAUUAACAAUGUGAUGCCUCCAUCAUCUAUUAUGUGCAAUCAUAAUGUUGUUUCAAUUUUGAGUUAAGUUGCCAGGAAACUACAUCUUGUGUGAUAUUUCAUUGUCUUAGACUUGUAUGGAAUGGAAUGAUCAACCAUUUAUGCUCGACUAAGUUCAAUGUUUGAUACCUUAGAUCUUCAAUGCUAUACACCAUUGGUUUGUAGAAGCCCUAAAUAGUUAAUGUGACCCAUACUCCAUGCUUCCUUAUAAUUACCAACUAAACAUGUUUCUGUUUUUCAUUUUCAUGUUGUUGUGUUUGUACCUCUGUUGUCACAACUUUGCAGCACCAACAACAACAACAACAAAAUUGUACUAAACGUGACCCUUGGUUUGUGAUAUUUUACAGUACCGAGGUUAAAUCACAAAAAUCGUUUACCGGCAAUAUAUCAUUGCAUCGCGCGCACCAUCUCGAAGAUCAAUCAAAAGAAAUUCGGGUCAUCACAAAAAGUUGUGGUGUCAUACUCACCAAUUGUUAUAAGUUUUCUUCUUUUCGCCACUACACAAAACCACAAGGUACAAUGGAGCCGAUCAUCACUUGAAUCAUCAUCAUACAUGCAUAUAUAUUAAUUCACUCACUCAACCCAGCAAACAACAACAACAAAAAAAUUCUACUUUCUUUUUUUUCGUACUAAUUAACAAGACUUGUUUUUUCCCUUCCAGUGGUCCUGACAAUGGGUGGUUGGAGUUGUGUGGUGCGCCAAUUAAUAACUCCAUCCCUUCCCUUCCCUUCCAUUCCAUCUGCUGUUGGAUUAACACAUUCAAAAAACGAACUCUCCUUCCUUCUUCAUCUUCCCCAAAAUGGCCAAUCAUCCUCCUUAAGCACUCCAUUCCCAUUUCCAGCUCUAAUCCAUUCUUCCACGUGCGUUCACAUGGCAGACUUCUCUUUUUUCCUCCCUCUCAUAAUCACCAAACCACAGUGUCAAAAAAAAACCCAAAUCAUAAUCAACCCUCAACGUAAUCAUGGCUGAUGAUCAAUGAAAGAUUAAGGUUAGAGAUCAUGAAUUGAUAUGGAAACCUGGCAAGGUAGAUGUGGGAACUGAUACAUACAUAUAUAGCUCUGCAUGCAUUUACUACUAGAAAGAAAAGCAAAGGAAGAAAGACAAAUCUAUCAGAAUUAAAGAUGCCUCCUUUCCUUUCUGGGGGAACAUGAUGCACUCUUCUAGAAAAAUUUCGCCAUCCUCUCUCUCUCUCUCUUUAACUCUUUACCAGCUAUAGAUAUAUAGCAGUAAAUAACUCAAGAAAACAACCCAUGAAAGCUACUACAGCUUGCUAUAGCUUGAAACGUUGAAGAUUGCUAGUUGGUGGUGGUGACAGUACUGAUCAAAACCCUAAUGAUGAUUAAUUGAAAACUCCAUCUUCUUGACAAGUCGCCAUUAAUUAGUGUGUGCAGUACUAUACUAUACAGUUUCUGAUGCAUUAGUGGUGGGAAAUUAAAUGGGAGAGGAGGGGUUGAGUGUUUAUCUCGUAAGCAAAAACCUCUCUCUCUCUCUCUCCACACCUAACUUUUUUGGUGUGGAAAUUAACUAAAAACUUGUUGGUAAUUAUGAGUUUAUCUUUGGAUUUAUGUAUAAUUUAGCACGACAGAAAGAGUUAUUAAUAAGAACGACAAAUUAUUAAUCGAUCAUACUAGUACUUAUGCAUGCAUUGAUUAUUAGUCACUAAUACCAAUAUUCAUCAAAGAAAGAAACUAUCAUUACCCUCUCCCUCUAUAAAUACACACACAAGUCUGUCCCAGUGUUCUUGGCAUCAUCUCUCUUUUCGUCGUUUUCCACUCCAAGAAAGAAGAAGAAGAAAUAAUGUCAUCUACGGCAGUGAGCCAACUGUUUGAUCUUCCAGCGGGAGAGCAGAUCUGCUAUGUCCAGUGUGGAUGCUGCACCACCAUUUUGCUGGUGAGCGUGCCAUGCAGCAGCUUGUCGAUGGUGGUAACAGUGAGAUGUGGGCAGUGCACCAGCCUGCUGUCUGUGAACAUGUUGAAAGCCUCUUUUGUUCCCUUCCAUCUCUUAGCUGCUUCUCUGACGAAGCAACAAGAACAAGAACAAGAACAAGCAGCUGUUCAUCUCAACCGCAUCAUCAACAAACCUCCAGAGAAAAGGCAGAGGGCUCCAUCGGCUUACAAUCGCUUCAUCAAAGAGGAGAUCAAAAGGCUGAAAGCUGAUAACCCCAAAAUGCCUCACAAGGAAGCUUUCAGUAUGGCUGCCAAGAAUUGGGCUCACUUCCCACCAGCUCAUUACGACGACAACGAGAUCGGAUUUGAUAAGCAGCAGCUGCAAGAAGGAGGAGAUCAUAAUCAAGAUCCACAGUACACCUAAAUUGUUGGAACAACUUUGAUCAGCUGGUACAGAAUUGCUAAUUAAUUUCUUUUUAUGUACACGUAGCUAGUAAUGAUGAUUAGAGAAGAGAAGGGUGCAUAAAUUUCUGUAUGUUGUGCAGAUUUUCAGGUGAGCAUACAAGAUAGCAAAGUGUUUUGGGAGGGGAAUUAAUUAACCUUCCAUUCCAUAUAUAUACGGCAAAAUAUCAAAGGAAAAGCUUCAAAUUAAGCUUGGGGCAUAUUAAUUAAUACUGUUCUGUUCCAAUUGGUGCAAUAUGAAAAGACACUCUUGUAGUAAUUAUUUUAAUGAAAUACCUACACCUUCCUCUCUCUAUCGUAUAAUAAUAAGCAGGAAAGCAGCUAUAUAUAGCAAGUAAAGGGCUUUUCUAACUUUUUUUUAGGGUUAGGGUUUGCUGUCAAAUCUCAUGUCAAAUUGUGGCAUAUAUAGAUGCCCUUGGGAAUUGAGGCAUUUUGAGCUGCGCGCACACUCACUCACUCAACUUUCUAUCAUCACUACUCUUUCUUGGGAAGCCUACGAUUCAGCUUCACCAUGUUUAUCUACCUAGCUAUAGUUUUGCUUCUUCUAGUACUCGGGUAGUUUGGAUGUGGGAUUCUAUCGGAUUAAUUUGAUUGAUCACUUAUCUCCGUUUGAGAUAAUUGAAUCGAAUUGUCUCGGCACAAAACUCUAAUGAAGCAAUAUGGCUGAUGAAUUACUAAUUGACUCGUUUUAACGCAAUUAGAAUUGUUUGGGAUGAGGCAUAUAAUUCUAAUUGGCUCGUGGACCUAUUUUUUAAAAAAUGUAACAAUUAGUCAAAUUAUUUCCUUUUUCAUUUGAUCCAUCCAAAUGAUAAAGCGUGCAUCUUUUUCUCAACAGGUCAAUUAAAAACUUCCACUUUUUUUAAUACCUUUUCUUAUUAGCUAGGGUUUGCAAAAUAAGAUCGAUGUUCGUAAACAACAAAAUGAGUUUUGAAAUGAGUAGGUAAUUUUCUCUCUAUCUUAUAUACGAAAUAGAUUCUUUUGUCAGAAAAUCAUAGGAUACUGAUUAGUAACAAGUUGAUCAGAUUCAGUGGUCUGAUUGAAGCUUCCCAGUCGGCAAUGCAGCAAGAGGCGGAUGAUGCCUUGCUGCUGCAGCUUGAAUUUUGUCGUACGUUGGUGGUGAUGGUGGCAACAAUGAUGAUGGCAAUGAAACAUAAUUUUUAUCCCCCGUUUUGUGCAUAAUCAUUCUAGUCAGAAAAAAAAUGGACAAUACAAGAGGGAGGAGGUGGACAAGCACAAGUGUAUUUGUCUAAAAGUGGGAGCCAAAAAGAGGAAACAAACAAGACAAAGACAAAAUCGACCGGCCUUUAUUAUUGAUGGUGUGUAUUGUUACGACUUCUAGCCAUUGUGAAAAAGCGCUCGGACUAAAAGGAGUCGAGAUGUGUGGAGAAUGAGAAAUGGUGGGAAGCAUCAUUUUGAUCGGUAUGUGCAACAUUGUACCGUAUUAGUGGUCUGGCUAGAAAAUUGUCUACUCAGAUACUCAAGUCGAUACACAAUUUUAACAGUACAAAAUAACCACUUAAGAUUAAA